UCUAACAGAUUCAACCACACACACACACACACACACACACACUGGCACACACAUUCAAGUGAUUUUUGCUCCAGUUGCCUUCUUUAAUGACUUCAACAUGGGCCUGCCAAUAUUUUUUAUUUUAGCAAUGGUUCUUAAUUUUGCUCACAGCAGAGACAUGCAAGACUCCGAGACCAGAGACUUGGUUCUUGACCAAACAGUGAAAGGGAUUUUGGGGGAGGAGGUUUACCUGCAUUGUCUAUACACUGGACAAAGUAGCAUCUCGUUCUCCUCCUGGAACCGUAUCGAUUCUUCAAAUAAGGCAAAGAAAAUGGCAGGCUACAAAUCCAGUAAAAUGUCUUUCAACAGAGAAAACUUUGACAUUCCGGCAUCAGUUACAAACCUUACUGUAAAGGUGAACGUGACAAGUUUUGAUCAAGAGGGAGAAUACACAUGUGUCUUUGACUCUGAUGAGGAUGAAACAAAGGACACCAUGUUUCUCAGCGUUAUUGCUCGGCCUGAUGUUGACAUAAAUGUGAAAAAGGAAGUUGUGAAUAAGACCCUCUACCAUGCUGUCACUUGCUCUGCCUCCGGUGCCAAGCCUGAGGCUGUGAUUAGAUGGGAGAUCUCUGGUGCCCUUCCAAGAGAUGACAUCUUCUCUGUGAACAUGAUUAAUCCAGUUCAUCCCAAUGGCACAACCAGUUCAAUCAGUGUACUUCGCUUCCCCCUAAUUAUGAAUAACGAGAGCACUGUUACCUGUGUGGUUGAGCAUCCAGCUUUUACUGAACCCAAAAGAGUCAACAUAGAGGUGGACACAUUUGUUUCUCCUGUUAUAAGCAUGACAACCGUCCUGGUCCAAGAAGGAGGAGAAGACUUUCAAGAAGUCAUCUGUACAGCAACAGGAGGGAGGCCAAAUCCAAAUAUCACAUGGAUACUGCCUGAAUUCAAAAACACGCUACCUUUACAGAGAAAUGUCUCCAAACCAGAUUCAGUUAUCAGUUCAUAUCAGUUCCAAUCAGAUCCUUAUGAAGGAGAAAAUAUCUCUUGUGUCUUUAGCUAUGUGUUUCUCCCAUUCAUAAACACGAGAACAAUUACUUUGCCAAUUUACUAUCUUUCCUCAAUUCAGCUGAAGAACCUUGAUUAUGCCCUUAACAGUGAGAACCAGACUUCACUGGCUCUAGUGGAGGGGGACAUGGACAUUACAAUCAGGAUGAAUGUUUUGGGAAAUGUACCAAGUUAUAAACUGAAAUGUUCCAGGGAAGGCCAACCACUACCUGAGGAUGUGGAUGUGGUUGGCAACAAUCUCUUUGUUAGAGGACCUGUUGAGCUGCACCUUGCUGGACAAUAUCUCUGCCAGGCCUCUUACCGUAGACAUCAAGUUUCCCUGCAGUUUACAAUUGAAGUAAAUCCAAAAGUCUUACUGCCAGUGACAUUUCCCCCAAAUAUCAGUGUGAAUUUAGUAGAGAAUUCAGACUACAUUCACAUUGAAUGUUUGGCCUCCAAUGCUGUACCUGCUGCAAAUGUGUCCUGGGUUCUUCCAAAAGAGAUUAAUAGUACAAUUCAGUCUGAAGACACACACUAUAAUGGAUCUUACUCUGUCAGAAGUGUGUUGACUGUGCCUAGCUGCAUGACCCGCAAAUAUGUAAUUGAGUGCAUAAUUGACCAUCCUGAUUUCAUGGAAGAAGAGAGGCGGCAGAUUUCUCUUCCUGUGUGUGCACCACCGAAUAUUACCCUGCAGUCUAGUGUUGAAUGGCACAGUGGCGUUGCGUACGCAUCGCUGGUGUGUUCAGUGCAGAGCCAGACCCCAGCAGCGGCCAUCACCUGGGCCGUAAAGUGCCAUGGCAUGAAUAUUAGCUCUAGUGAAUUUGUAAUGACUCAACCUGAGUUUCAGCAGAGUCAUAUGGUUGUCGCUCAGAGCGCGGCACGUAUUCCUAUUUACUCACAUGCCGGAUGCACCAUGACCUGUGUGGUUGAGCAUCGAGGGUUAGAGAAACCAGAGAACAAGAGCUUCGUCCUCCCAUCCUUAGGGCCGUCUGUAAGCCGUGCGUUUCUGGGUGAAGAGAGUCUUAUUUGGCAUGCUGUGUGUGAGUACAGCGGCGAUGGGGUGAAACCCAACAUCUCCUGGGUCUUUCCCGAUGAAGACACUGCAAUACUGGUGACUACUGAAUCCAGAUAUAAUGGAAUUAAAGUAGAAGUCAGUUUAACUCAUGAAUUUCAACUCAGUCUGUAUGAGGGGAAAGAUUUGAUAUGUCUGAUCCAGAACAAUCUCGGCAGGGAUGAAAGACGGACAAUACACGUUCCAAAAUACUCUAUCUCAUCUAUUGAGGUUUUAAACAAAACCACAGUUGAUCGUAGAGGACAUGGCCAGAAUGAGCAUCGUUUAGCACUGCAAGAAAACCUCUCGAAUCAGAAGAUACUUCUCAGAGCCCACGGCAAUGCUCCGUCGUACAGCACAACAUGUUACAGGGAGGGCGGGUCAGCAGCUGGCACAGAGGGCAUGGCAUUAGUUUUUACAGAGCCAGUGUCUGAACUGGAUGCAGGAUUGUACAUAUGCCACGUCUCGUACCACCACCACAUGGCUAAAGUUUUCAUUCGGGUGGAUGUAACUAGUGAAGAGACUCAGCACAUGAUAUUCAUCAUUAUUUGCUUCUCGUCAGCUGCUGCAGUCACCCUCAUCUUGAUUAUCGUUUUGAUUGUCCUCUGUAAAAGUGGGACAAGUCACUCAUCACAAAAGAACAACAGGACAGAGCGUGAGUCUCUAGCAGCUCUAAUGCAGGAUCCUCGCUGCCCAGAGAGGACUGUGAUUUCAAGCACGGCUGGGCAGCACUAUGCUGAGCUUGUGCACUAUUCCAUUGUUUUUGAUGCUAAAAGCACCGUGUGACACACCUGUUGGGUUUUACGACUGUAAUAGAUCAGUUUUUGCACAUACUUGCGGAGUUUGUGGCAGAUUGAGUGCAUGCUUUUUAAAAAGGGGGCAUGCUUAAGAAAUUCGUUCAUUUUUAAUCAGACUGUUAUGCUGAUAAUAUAAAUGGUAAUGAAAAUUUGCUUAAAGUUUUCUCAACCCAGGCCAUCCAAGAUUUAGAUGAGUUUGUUUCUUCAUCAGAACAGAUUUGGAGAAAUUUAGCAUUGCAUUAGUUGCUCACCAGUGGAUCCUCUGCAGUGAAUGGGUGCCGUCAGAAUGAGAGUCCAAAAAGCUGAUAAAAACAUCACAAUAAUUCACAAGUAAUCUAUACGACUCUAUCAAUUAUCAUCUUGUGAAUUGAAAAUCUGUGUAUUUGUAAUAAACACAUCUAUCAGGUUUCUCCGAAACUUCUCGUAUACAUCUUCAAUGGCCUAAGAAUGAGUAAAUAUUGAGCACAUUUUUAUUUUUGGAUGAACUAUUCCUUUAACAUGAAUAUUUCACUAGUGGUCUCAGGGUUUUGGACCCAACUGUACACCAUACACUGUACAUUGCAAUUGGUAUAGCAUUGUUUUUGAUAUGUAGUUGUUCUUUUUCCUCAACUACAAAUACCGAUUGUAAGGAAAAGAUUGAAGUAGCUUGGUAUUACUUUCAGCAUUAUGAUUUACUUCGAUAAGUAGCAUUGUUUUAUAAAUAUUAUGAGCACAUUUUUAUCGUUUUACUACUUUUUAAGAUUGUUGCUUUGUUCUGACUUACACAGAGAUAUACUUUAAAAGCCUGGUUGGUGUCUUCUAUCUUGGUUUCGUUUCAAUUGUACUUGUAGCCCACAAACUGCCUGAAUUUGUAGCGCUGUUGCGCCCUCUGGUGAUCCUGCAGUAUAUAGUGGGAGAAUCUCCAUCUGGGCCUGUGUCCAGUCUGAUAUUUUGGUUAUAAGAUUUUACUCCCUUCACAGUCUUUGUAUGAAUGAUGACUGGUCUUUCCGUUGUGUUGCUCUAAGAUGUUUAGGCAUCUCCAGGGUAAAUAAUGUCACUGUGAUACUUGUAAAAAUACAAUAAAAUACUUGACAAGUUUAAAUA